CGAUCGAAGGAUGCCGAUCUUUCUAUUGCCUUGUUUUUUAUCCAUCUUCCUCUUGUCCAUUCCCACACAUCGUCACCCCUAAUAGCCACAUCAUACGCGGUAGUAGAAACUCAUAGCUCAGACUUGUUAUCGUUCUUGGCACACGAAACCGAUAAAGGAGGAGCGUGAAUAAGAGCCACUAGCUUAGAAGAGGAUUUGUCUGAAGAAGAAAAUGACCACCAAAGUCGAAAACGAAGAGGGAGAAAUAACAGCUGAAAUAGUCACCAAUGACGAUGCUCCAACCACCGCCAAAGAAGAAGAGCCUGCCAAGGACGAAGAAGGAUUGUUGCUGUCCUACGACGUGAUUAUCUGUGGAACUGGCCUUGUCCAGUCCAUUUUGGCAUCCGCCUUGACCCGUGCCGGCAAGACAGUCUUGCAUUGUGAUCCCAAUGAUCAUUAUGGUGAAUUGGACACUGUCUGGACUUUUGGGUAUAUGCAAGAACGACAACAGCAACCACCAUCGCAUGGACCUGAAGAAGCAUCAUCAGAAGAAGACGAUGUGUUAUUGCUAUCUCCAGAAGGAUCGUACCAAACACUCAAGUUCCAUUCGACAGAGAUCAAGACUGAUUUUCCCGUCACCACCAUCGGAUGCAAGGUACAAACUCCGUAUGGAGAAGGCACUGUGGUCGGCACGCAAAAAAGUAAUGAACAAAACGAUGGCAUACGCUUGGAAAUUUCGAUGUCCAAAUGGACCAUGGCAGAUGGAACUCAUCCUACUCUUUUCAUGUGUGUGCCCAAUAAUCAUGACGAAGGCCAAGAUGAAACAAGGCAACAACAAAAAGACAACAACAACAAGAUUGUUUCACUGAAAUCCAUUGCUGCCAGGAGAGUUUUACAACAACAAUCUCGAUCACUGGCAUUGGAUGUCAAUCCGUGUCUUUUGUAUGCAUCGGGUCAAGCCGUACAGGGAUUGUUGACGAGCAAUGUUGCCGAACACUUGGAGUUCCAAACCAUGGCAGCCGUGUAUUGGCUCAACCACAAUAACAACAACAAGCUGGAACGGGUGCCUUGUUCCAAAGGAGAUGUGUUUCAAAGUUCCUUGUUGCCAUCACCCAUGGACAAGCGCCGAUUCAUGAAAUUCUUUCAAUCUGCCAUGGACUAUGCGACGGAACGGGAACUGCAACAACAACAAUUAUUAUUAUCAACGGACAGUAAUAAUAACAAUAAUGACAACCAGCAAGAGAAUACGGAAGAAGGAGUACUCUCCUUGAAUGAACGACAACUCAAUCAAGGCCGAUCUUUGGCUCGACCCCAAAACAAGGCCGUCUCGCAAAAGGACCUUCAGACGCUGUACGAUUGCAUGGAACAAAACAUGGAUUUUGAAACGUAUCUACAAACUCAUGCCAAACUAUCUCCUCAGUUGCGACAAUUGAUUCGGCAUGCACUGGCAUUGGAGGUUGGUGGCAGUACAUGUAGUGGCAAUGAAAAUCAGGCUGUGGGAUUGUCCACGCUGGAGGGGAUGGGUCGCUUGUGCGAUCAUCUCAAAGCACUGGGCCGAUACGGAACGACAGCCUUCUUGACACUUGUCUAUGGAAGCGGGGAAAUGAGUCAAUUCUUUUGUCGAUCGGCGGCAGUCUAUGGUGCCACUUAUUUGUUGAGACGAGUCCCCAAAGCAGUCACAUGGACGUCCGACAACAACAACGCUGUUAGUGGUGUCACCUUGGCGGCAAGUGACGACGCAUUCAUGGGGGCAGUUCCCGCCAAAGAAAAGCAUGUGCAAGCGACUCAUGUAGUGAUUGCACAGGAUGCCAAACUAUUGACCAAAUCGUUGCCUCCAAGAAGAGAACUCCGAAGGAUCAGUAUCAUACAUGGUUCCGUGGUGCCAGAUGCCUCGCGAUCUGUGAUUAUCAUCCCACCAGGGGGCAUCUUGGAACAACACAACUAUGCAAUUCAUGGCAUUGUCUUGGACGAAUCUGCGCGAGUGGUUCCUGCCGGUUGUAACGUACUGCACUUGACCACGAUUGUGGACCAAACGAAAGAGACGGUCGACGAUAGCACCAUUACUGCCGUUCUGGACCAGGCUGUCAAGGUUAUUCUUGAAUCAUCGGGAGAUGAUGCCGAUGAAAUCUACCAAACGACAUUUUCGUAUGGUUUGCUGGACGACGACGACGACGAUGGAGAGAACCAUCGAAAAGUGAGUGGACUUCAUGUCCUGAAACGGCCAGCCAUGCCAUUGAUUGUAGACGAAGCCUUUGAACAGGCACGGGGCAUCUUCCAAGAAAUCUGUGGCAACGAAGAAGAGUUCUUGGCGCUGUCCGAGCAAAUGCAAACCAAGUUAAAGGAGCAACUUCAAGAUGCCUACAGAGGUCCUAAUCAGGUCGAAGAUGACACGGAGCAAGUUGUGCUGGACAGUGCCAUGGAGAUGAUGAAAGAACAAAGUGCAGAUGAUGUGAAAGAAGACGAGAAAAAGGCUCACGACGUUGGAACCUAAGCAGUACCCCAACACGAUUUGUAGCAACAAGCCAUAAGGAUAAGUUAUCAAUAGAAAAGCUACGAUUCGUGGUACAUGAGCUCUCGUGUGCGUUUUCCGUCUGUCUACGUUCGCCCUUGGCGCUUCCAUCAAUGAGUACAUCCGUCGCCGACAGGAUCACAGUGCACAACACGUCGCAACCCAACCCCUCCCAGUGUCUUCAGAUGCUAAGGAAGAUCUUUUUUAAUUUAUAAUUGGCAGGCAACACUUCAUUAACCUUUAAAAAGUAUGCAACUAUUU